GUUGGACCGAGGUAAACACAGUUAGCCGUGGCUAGCGACUGUUGAAGAGCGCGUAUUCACCGAGUUAAAAUGGCAAAGAAAACGGAGUAUUUCGUGGAUUUUUGGAUGUGAUAACGAUAAACAAAUCUAUAUCCACGCUCCAUCCCUAGAUCUGGAUCUCUUUCCUCAGCCAUGUCAUCACGUGUGUUGCUGCGGCAGCAGCUGAUGCGAGAACAAGCCCAGGAGCAGGAGAGACGUGAGGCCCAGCAGCAGGCCUCUGUUUCUCAGCUCCGGGCCUCUGACUCCACUCCAGCUAUCUCUGUCACACUGCCUCCAAAUGCGGCCCGUCCACCUCCAGCGCAGGUGCCGGUGGAGGUGCUCAAGGUGCAGACCCACUUGGAGAACCCCACCAAGUACCACAUCCAGCAGGCACAGAGGCAGCAGGUGAAGCAGUAUCUCUCCACCACUUUGGGCAACAAAGCGGUUACUCAGACGAUGGGUGUGUCUCCCGUGCCACAAUGCAGUUCUGCCCCUGAAGUUGCCCCCACUGCCAGCAGUGCCCCUAACAGUCCCAUGGCUCUGCUCAACAUCGGAUCCAACAAGGAGGAAAUUGACGAUGUGAUCGACGACAUCAUUAGUCUUGAAUCCAGUUUUAAUGACGACAUCAUUACGUUGAUUGACUCAGGUCUCCAGCUGCCUAGCACGCUCCCAGGAAAUCUGUUGGAUGUGUACCAUAGCCCUGGAAUGGCAGCACCAACUCUCACUGUCAGCAACUCCUGCCCUGCUGAUCUUCCAAAAAUUAAAAGGGAAAUUACCGAUUCAGAUGCCAAAGCACUUAUGAAAGAAAGGCAGAAGAAAGACAACCAUAACCUCAUUGAGAGGAGGCGGAGAUUCAACAUCAAUGACCGUAUAAAGGAACUUGGUACCCUGAUACCCAAGUCAAGCGAUCCCGAGAUGCGCUGGAAUAAAGGCACCAUUCUGAAAGCGUCUGUAGACUACAUCAGGAAGCUACAGAAAGAGCAGCAGAGAGCCAAGGAUGUCGAGAUGCGACAGAAAAAGCUGGAGCAAGCAAACCACAGUUUAAUGAUGCGCAUCCAGGAGCUGGAAAUGCAGGCACGAGUCCACGGCCUUUCUACAAACAACAGCAUCUCAUCUAGUCUGAGUUCCGAUACCUCUCUGCUUCAGCAGCAGCCAAUCCCACAGAGCGGCCAGUCCCUUCCUACCAGCGCGGGAGCCGCCUCCUCCUUUAACCUACUCAGCCUGGGUGCGACAGCUGUUGGACAGCCUCUGCCGACCUCCUUCCUGUCCCCGCCCUCCUCAGACUCUCCUGCGGGAGUCACCAUCAGCAGCCCCCUGGACCUGGGCAGCCUGAGCUUUGCAGAGCUAGACGACACCUCCGCCUCAGCACUCUACCCCGACGUGGGCUUGGGAGACAUUCUCAUGGACGAAGGCUGCACCUUGUCUCCAGAGAGGGGGGACGAGUCGCUGUUUUCUCCUCUGUCACCAGGUGCCUCUAAAACCAGCAGUCGCAGGAGCAGCCUCGAUAUGGACGAGGACUUGUGAUGAGCUCUACAUGGUGGUCACACACCAAGAGAGAGACUGUCCAUAGGGAUAAGAAUGUCAGGAAGUGCAGCCUUGCUUCAAAUAACGCAAGUCUAUUGAUAGCACUGUUGAACUGAACUUUAUAAAGCAAAGCUAGCAAACAUUAAGAUCAAAACUAACGAACGUUGCAUCAGGAGAAAGUUCUUUGCCAUACAGAUGAAAUUGGAACUGUUCCUGUUUGGAGCUGUUUUAAACGAUUAUGUCUGGGUUUAUAAAUGCAAUCUUAUUAAAAAUGGAAUUAUGGUAUAAUAGGGACAUGCACAUAAGCAUAAAGAAAUUAUUACAUUCUUAAAUAGUUUUUAAGAUUUUCUUCAGAGAUUUAAGAGGGAUAUAAAGUUUGUGUGAAUUUUAUUAUGUGCUCAUUUAUAGGGAAGAAAGCUGUGAGGUUUCUUUUUCAUGACAUUGGCAUGACAAACUGAUCGAUAGAUGCCCAUAUAUAUAUACAUACAUACAUACAUACAUACAUACAUACAUACAUACAUACAUACAUACAUACAUACAUACAUACAUAUAUAUAUAUAUAUAUGUGUAUAUGUGUGUGUGUGUGUGUGUGUGUGUGUAUUCUUUUUUUUUUCAACUGACUGGAAUCAGGGUUUGUUAAUAGCAGUCUAGCAUGCUCAUUCUUGUUGGGUUGUUUCACCAGCAGCUACAGAAGGGAUCUUUGUAAAGUGAAUUGGCACAUUGUUGAAAUAUUGACUUCAUAUUGUAAAUAAGAAUAUUUUAUUUUGAGCAAUUUUAUUGCACCUUAUUUUAUGGCAGUCUAUGCAUUUAAUGAAAGCUUUUGUCUGUUUUAUUACUAUUACACACAGUCAACAGCUAACGCCCGGGAUGCAUGUAUUUGUAAUAAACCUUAAGAGCAGCCGAGAAUCACUUGCUGCUGCAGCUAGUUAGCCAAAGCAGGACUUCUUCCAGAGUAGCUACGAAUUACAAAUCAACAUUUUUAUUUUUUGGAAUAUAUUCAGUGAGUCACUAUGAGAAAUGCAGAACAAUUUUAUCCUUUUACAAUAGUACUGUAGUUGAUCACAUAUUUUUUUGAUACCUGAAUAAUACUUUGAUAAGUAGUUUCUCUUCUCCUGACUAAUAUCUGUGUUGUCAGUAAUUGUCUUCAUUAACCUCGGUGAUCACUGAGUGAUUUUAAAUGGUUAGCAUGUUCUACCAAGAUUGUGGCUUUUUUUUUUUCCUGACCAUCAAAAUUGAUAGAACUAACAAUGCAUUAUCGCUCAUUGUAGUAUGAACUCAGAGGGCUUCAGCCUUCUUUUACAGCAACCACUAUCCUCAUGUUAUAUAGUAAGGUAUAACUGUAUGCAGUGUGAAACUUUCAUUGCAUUUAUUAUUCUUAUGAGAUUGCCACAAACUUAAGAAAGGCAUUUAAUUUGUCAGAUGCUUAAUGCAACCUUAUGUACAGUUAAUGAAUGUGUGUUUUGAAAAAGUACCUGCAUAUUUGUGUGUCGUUUUGUUUUUUUACACUGAUGUACUGUAUCUGAGAAUUUGCUUUGGCUUAAACACGUCUUUUCAAAGUUAUUGAUAUGCUUGAAUUUUAAAUUAUUUUUGAGCCGUGGUAACAUACAAACAAAUCAAUUGAUGCAGCCAAAAAAAAAAGCCUUUUUUUUUUAAAAAAGAUCAUAAUUCUGAGUGACACUGAUUAGCAUUUACCUUUCAGUGAGGAAAAGUGGCUGAUUAAAGGUGUCCUCUCCUGUUAUUUCUCAACUUUGAAGGCACAUUGUUUUUGAGCUAAAAGCAAAUCCACUCCACAGCUCAGUGCCACAAAUUGCAUUGUUUUUAGCCCCAUAAGAUUAAAUACCAAUGGUCAACUUUUUCUGCUCAUACUUAACUGCUCUCCAUGAUAUUAACCAUGUCUUACCCCUACAUCUAUUUGAGUGCUAACAUGGACUGUUAAUCUUCUACGUGAUGCAAGUAACAUUUGUGUCCUGUCCUUACAACUUGGCUUUCAGAAGAUUGUAAUAAAUAAAUGAUUCCCACGGG